AUGAAAGAGCACGUAAGCGCGGUGAGAUCGGUGCACCUUGUUCGCAUCGUGCUCGGCACCCAGCUUAUGUUUGAAAUCAAUGCAUUCAGAGCUAGUAGCUCAUUUGAACCUUAUUACGCUUCGCUCUGUUUGCCGGUAAAGCGACCAGGAGGCAUUGCCGAGCUUAUGAUGAAACAAUUCUUACUUUUUGCAGUACUUCCAACCCUUCUCGCAGAAGAGUACUGGACACCUCCGCAGUGUCGCCCACAUAAACUGAGUAGAUUGGUUCUUAGGGAACUGAGUUUGAAUGGACGCGAUAUGGUGCUGACUGUCCAACUCUUAUGCUUGGUAAAGUGGGCUGACUUUCUCCUGUUCAAACCGUUGAAAGAUAUAAGGCCAUUCUAUGUUCUCAACGCGAGCUUUCCAGUAGGUACCAAGGUUGGCUCUUUGGCUAAAGUGAUGGCAGAAGCUAUACAAAGGCAAAAGGUAAGUUCGGAAAGAACUUACUACGCGCAAGCUUUUCUUAAAUUAGGCGGAGUCUCUUAA